ACUCAUAUAAAUACUUACGUACCACGUAUCUGACGAGACUGUGCGCCGGAACCGAGCCGAACGCAGUGGCUUAACAUACGCAUAUCCGAAUCAGACAAAUAUCUGUAAUAAUACGAGAAAAUGAACAACGCUGAAUUAUAUCAUAGAAGCAAUACUAAACAAAAAAGGGACUCUCUGCAAUGUUUAGAAGAGUAUGGAAAGCGAAUCAAAUGGAAAAAUGGAAGAAUUACGGUUAUAGACAUUGGUUGUGGCGAUGGAAGCGUAACGACGAGUAUACUAAAAAAAAAUAUCCCGAAUAAUUGUGAAAGACUACUAGGUUGUGAUAUUAGCGAAAAUAUGGUACAGUUUGCUAAUGAGCAUUAUGCGAAUGAUCACACCAGUUUCACGGUGCAGGACAUCGAGGGCGACUUGCCGACCGAGUUUCGAGGAAAUUUUGAUAACGCAUUUUCAUUCUUCGUCUUGCACUGGAUCCAAAAUCAAGAGAUGGCGUUUACAAACAUAUAUGAUCUACUCAAAAUAGAAGGCGAGUGCUUUUUAGUAUUUGUGGCUCACACGCUGAUGUUUGAGGUUUACCGCAUCCUAUCUCGGUCAACAAGGUGGAAGUUUUGGCUAAAAGAUGUCGAACGUUUUAUUUCACCCUAUCAUGACUGUCAGGACCCUGUCAAGAAAGUCAAACAAAUGAUGACGUCGAUCGGAUUCACUUCCGUGGAAGUCGAAUUUUUGCAGAAGGCAUUUACUUUUCCUAACCUGGAUGCACUUAAAGAUUUCGUAAGAUCAAUCAAUCCUUUUCAAAUACCAAAAGAUUUAGAGGAAGAUUAUCUGCUAGAUUUAUUUAAUGUUCUUCGAGACGUACGUAUUAUAGACUAUGCAAGCAGUAACGUGGAUGGACCGAUCAAAGCGACACUCAACUACAGUCUUAUUGUGGCCAAGGGUAGAAAAUAGUCGAUUUUGGUGACCGACCGUUCGAUCCUCCGGUCCAUUUCGGUCGGCGAUGGGUCCCAGUACAUAUUCUGCUUGUUCUGAAAAUUGAAAGAGGUGGUCAUUUCUCAAGGAGAGAUGAGGAUUGCAAAAUAGACUGUGAGAUUAAACAUACCCAUUGCCACCGAAAUACCUCACUCAGCAUGGACCUUCUAAAAGGAAACAGCUUAUAUUUAUUUAUUUACAGAAAAAAAAUAGAUACAAUUUAUGUGAUAAACAGUGCAGCAAAAACA